AGCAAACUCUUUUAUGAAUCAAUUUUCAGUGGACAAUCCCAAACUGAGCUGCGCACCCAUUUUGUGGUGAAACAAUGCGAAGAGCAAGGCUGGGACUCAGUUUGAGGCCCAUGUCGUCGUCUCCGAUUCUCUCUCACCUCCCCUUCCUCUCUCCCCCUCGCAUAACUCUUGUUAAACACCACGUCCUUCCCUCCAGGCACCUCACCACCACUAGGCUUCUCUUCUUCCUCCCCAUAUCGCCUAGACCCCUCUCUCCGUCCUCCUCCUUUUCCUCUUCCACAGUGGUGCCCCGAAUCUCACUCUCUUCAAAGUGCUUCGAUGUCGAUCUCGAACCUUACCUCUCUUGCUCUAUGCCCAAUAAACGUCUCAGAGUCGCCGUCCUUCUCAGCGGCGGCGUCGAUAGUAGCGUCGCUCUUCGCCUCCUCCACGCCGCUGGCCACGAAUGCACUGCUUUCUACCUUAAAAUCUGGUUCCAAGAAGACUUCGAGAACUUUUGGUCAGAAUGCCCAUGGGAAGAAGAUUUGAAGUAUGCUCAAGCUGUUUGUAAUCAGGUUGAUAUCCCUUUGGAAGUUGUGCAUUUGACAGAUGAGUAUUGGAAGAAUGUGGUGUCUUACAUUAUUGAAGAGUAUCGAUGUGGUCGGACUCCUAACCCAGAUGUCCUUUGCAAUACAAGAAUAAAGUUCGGUGCAUUCAUGGAUGCCAUCGGCAGUAUGCAGUUUGACUAUGUUGCUUCUGGACAUUAUGCGAAUAUUGUUCAUUCAUCUACGGAUCAAAUCGAUAGGCCUUCCGUUCUAGAAUUGUCAAAAGACAUGGUCAAGGAUCAAACGUACUUUCUUUCACAUCUCUCUCAGGCUCAGCUCAAGCGACUUAUAUUCCCACUUGGUUCUAUUCCAAAGGACAAGGUUCGAAAACUUGCCACAAAAUUUGAUCUGCCCAACAAAGAUAGAAAAGAUUCACAAGGAAUAUGCUUCCUUGGAAAGAUAAAGUUUAGUGAAUUUGUUGCUAGACACAUAGGGGAGAAGGAAGGAGUCAUAUUGGAAGCUGAGACUGGAGAUUUCCUUGGUAAACAUCCGGGUUUUUGGUUCUACACAAUUGGUCAACGUCAAGGUCUGCGUCUCCCUGGAGGACCCUGGUAUGUUGUUGAGAAGGAUGUUAAAAACAAUGUUGUGUUUGUGUCUAGAAAUUACUUCUCAAUUGACAAAAGAAGACGCAUAUUUCAUGUUGGCUCCUUAAAAUGGCUUGAUGGGUUGCUUCCAAACCAGUUACAUCAGCUCCAGUGCAAGGUGAGACAUGGUCCUGGUUUUUACAAUUGCAGUUUGACGAUGGAACUUGGUCAAGAUGGUUGUGAAGACAUUGCAGUUGUCCAGUUAUCUGGUGAUGAUCAGGGGCUGGCAGCUGGGCAAUUUGCAGCCUUCUACGAUGGAAGAGUCUGCUUGGGCUCUGGCAUAAUUUUAGAGUCUUGGGAUGAUCAGGGUUUUCCCGUGUGCGCCAAGGCUCUUGAAAUUGCAGGAAUAAAAGAUAAAUCAAAGCUUGGGAAGCCAAUUAAGAUAAAAGAUAAACCAGAAACUCCUCUAGCGGUGUCCGAUCAAAAAGAUGGUCCAAACGUUCAUACAUUACAAAAUUCCUAUGUUGCUGCCAUUAAACAGAGAAGACACUCAUCUAAGGAAGAACCAAUCUCCAGAUUCCCUGUAAAUUGGUUGCAAAAGAUUCGAGAGAAGUGGAUGCGAAUCUUUUAGCUUUUAUGAUCUCGUGCAGGAGAAUUGACCACAGCUUGGGAGAAAUCACCCAGGUUACAAUAUGCAUUUAAUGGAAAAUCCUCUUCAAGUGCCAAGAACUAACCCUUUUGCUCCACCAGGCGCUGCCGGUAUCCAGGUAUGGAAGUUAAUGAGGAAGUUCAUUAGAUUGUUUGAAAAUAUCAGGCACUCUUUGAGAUGAGUUGAUUGCCCACUUUUCCUUUUUGCAUGGUUGGGUUGAAUCUGCACUAAUUAGCUGCAGAUAUUCAUGUGUCUAUCACCUUUGUUGUAUCUAAAUGAUUACUUUAAAUCUCAUUGCCUAGCUUAAAUUUUAUUGAGCUUUAAAGAAA